AUGACUGCCUUUGGAGGUACCUUGAACCCAGAUAGAUAUGCUCCAUAUCCUGUUCAUCAGUUUGGGAAUGCUGCAGCAGUGGGGUUGGCUGGGUAUUCCCUUACAACUUUUGUUCUUGGGCUAUAUUACAGCGGUGCCAUGGGGAUUGAAGUUCCUAAUGUGGUUUUUGGUUUAGCCAUGUUUUAUGGAGGUACUGUUAUGUUCUUAUCUGGAUCUUGGGAGCUUGUGAUUGGUAACAGCUUUGCUGGAACUGUAUUGACUAGUUAUGGAUGUUUUUGGCUUGCAUUUGGAAGCAUUAAUAUCGAGGCUUUCGGUAUUGCUGCAGCAUAUGCUGAUGAACCGAAACAACUUGCUAAUGCAACUGGGUUUUUUCUUAUCGGCUGGCUCAUUUUCACAUUCUUGAUGACUUUAUUGACUGUAAAGUCGACUUUAUUGUUUUUUAUGUUAUUUGUUGUAUUAGAUAUCCUUUUUGUAGUCUUAGCAGCCGCAAAUUUUACUGGCAGUGCUGGAGCACAAAAGGCAGGUGGUAUCAUUGCAAUUAUUGCCGCACUAUUGGGUUGGUAUAACGCAUUUGCUGGUGUUGCAAAUAAGCAAAAUUCUUAUAUCAUUGCCAAUCCGAUUGCAAUGCCUAUAUUUGGAAAAUCUCAAUAG